UCUGUGACGGGUUUCAUACUGUAGUACUUACACUUUUGAAAAACAUAUUUCUUCUAAGGUUGAAUUAUUAAACGAAACUUGUAGCUUUAUCUGCAACGGAAACGGAUGCAAUUGCAUCGAAUUAGCAAGAAGAUAACGAUGCAACUCAUUAUUCUUUAUUACGUCUAGAAUCGAUUUAAUACCGGUUUAUUUAUUCGAUUCCAAGCAAUGUACGUUUAUUCAACGAUUACUGUGCAUACAAACUGAUGGAAAGUAGCUGCAGAUAAUCAUUCAAAAAGUAAAGGAAUGAAAUUUUUCAAUGUAGAAGUUAAAGGUAUUUAUAUAAACUUUGACGUUAUAUGUUUAUAUCUUGGCGUCAGUUUUUCAAGUUAGUUUUGUAGACUUUCAUCAAAUACGAAAAAACUUUUGCCUUAAUACGUAAUUGUAAUUUUCUGUAAAAGGAUGUUUCGGGUGUUAAGGUUUUUAUUGUUUUGUGGUAUUUGUACCAUCGUGGUAGGGGACCAUGAAACAGAAAAAGAGGACAGGGCAAACGCAAAAGCUGGUCCCUAUACCUCAAUUCUGACGAGAAUGCAGAAAUGCAAGAAACCGGACCUUCCAUACCAAACCAAAAAGGAGAGGUCUGGAGAUGUGACACUAGAGUUAAGUGACGCAGGUGAAAGGAAGUCAGGACCUUCGAUUAAAGGAAACUACACAUCGUUUAAGGAAGAUCCUGAUCUUAGGCUGAACAUUACGGACUACCAGCAGGUGAACGGCAAAUGGGAGCAGAUAUUAAGUAGUACCGGCAUGAACUGCUACAGCCGCGUAACAGCCAGAUUGGCUCGUAUUUUUCACGUUAACUAUAAUAAGCUGACCUGCGCGGUUCCAAAGGGUACCUACAAAUUCGACGCAGAUUACGAUAAGGUGGACCACGAGAUUCAAUCCAGCAGGGUGUACGGAAAAGUAUUGCGGAGGGUGGUGCUCACCAGCAAGAAGAAGACAGUGAUCUGUCUGGAGUUUGAGUCUGAAGUAACUCCAGCUGAAGAUAUGUAGAUAUGGUUGGAUUCAGUAAAAAUUAUGAAGAAGAAAAAAUAUCAAAUACAUUUACGCGUUUCGUUGUUAUUUUUCCAAUCCACUUCACAGAGUACUUAAGAAUACGAAGUAAUUGUUAGGUUUACGGCGAGGAUUGGAAGAUUUAACAAACGGAGUCGCCUUUAAGAGCUUACCCUUCUGUUGAAAACCUCGGCCAAUCGAUUCCGGGACUGGGCA